UCUAUUGCGCUGCGAGGUGUGUAUUUGUCGUCUCGUUUGCUGCUGUUCGUUUCGGUUCGGUUCGACGAGCAAAGUGAAAAUUUUUAUAUUUUUUAACAAAUAAAAAAUUUGAAAAAUUUUCCAUUAAACCUUCAAACCGUUGACUGAAGGUGAUUCGCUGCUAAUUUGAAUUGCAUUUUUUUGUGAAGAUAUUGUAACGCGUCCAUUCCGUUGUGUGAUUGACGUGUGAAAUUGCAUGUGUCGCAGUCUCUGCCUAGCAGAAAACGUCGGAGUCGUCGUCGCAGUUGCAGUAGUCAAAAGCAACACCAGUGGAGUAGAGGGAAAAAAGCAGGAAAAGCAAGGAAAAAGAAGACAAAAGAGAAUCAAAAGCCAAUAAUUGUUCAACGCAAGAAUAAUUUUCACUUUAGAAGUAGUGUAGAUUUAUAAGAAAGAAACCUUUAGUAGAGCGGUGCUAGUUUGAAGUGUUAUUUUAAAAUCGGGCAUUUGAUACAUCGAUUGAAUAAAAUUCAUAUAAAUAUAUAUUAACGGUUCAGUCGGUACCGCUGUAGUGCGUCAAAAUGUCAGCUGAACGUGAGAUUCCAGCGGAGGACAGUAUCAAAGUGGUCUGUCGUUUUCGUCCGCUCAAUGACAGUGAGGAGAAGGCCGGUUCCAAAUUCAUCGUCAAAUUUCCAAACAGCACUGAAGAGAAUUGCAUUUCCAUUGCGGGCAAAGUAUAUUUGUUCGACAAAGUUUUCAAACCAAAUGCAUCCCAAGAGAAAGUGUACAAUGAGGCCGCCAAGUCGAUUGUUACAGACGUGUUGGCCGGUUAUAACGGUACAAUUUUUGCCUACGGUCAAACAUCCUCCGGUAAGACACACACCAUGGAGGGUGUGCUCGGCGAUCCGGUGAAGCAGGGUAUCAUACCGCGCAUUGUCAACGAUAUCUUCAAUCACAUCUAUACAAUGGAGAUGAAUCUCGAGUUCCACAUUAAGGUCUCAUACUAUGAAAUCUAUAUGGAUAAAAUACGUGAUUUACUGGACGUCUCCAAAGUGAACCUGAGCGUGCAUGAGGAUAAAAAUCGUGUGCCGUAUGUGAAGGGCGCUACAGAGCGUUUUGUUUCCUCGCCCGAAGAUGUGUUCGAGGUCAUUGAGGAGGGAAAAUCGAACCGGCAUAUUGCCGUAACAAACAUGAAUGAGCACUCUUCACGUUCGCAUUCAGUAUUCUUAAUCAAUGUGAAACAGGAGAAUUUGGAGAAUCAAAAGAAACUUUCCGGUAAAUUGUAUUUGGUGGAUUUGGCUGGUUCGGAGAAGGUAUCGAAAACCGGCGCUGAGGGUACCGUGCUGGAUGAAGCCAAAAAUAUUAAUAAAUCCUUGUCGGCCUUGGGUAAUGUGAUCUCAGCACUGGCGGACGGCAAUAAGACGCACAUACCGUAUCGUGAUUCCAAGUUGACGCGUAUCUUGCAAGAAUCAUUGGGUGGUAAUGCACGCACCACCAUUGUAAUUUGUUGUUCACCAGCUAGUUUCAAUGAGGCUGAAACGAAAUCAACAUUAGAGUUCGGUCGUCGUGCUAAGACCGUUAAGAAUGUUGUCUGCGUCAAUGAGGAGCUUACCGCCGAAGAGUGGAAGCGACGUUAUGAAAAGGAAAAGGAGAAGAAUGCACGUCUUAAGGGUAAGAUUGAGAAGUUGGAAUUGGAGUUGGCACGUUGGCGUGCCGGUGAAACGGUUAAUGCCGAAGAACAAGUCAACGUGGAUGAUGUUAUGGAAGCGAGCACACCCAAUUUGGAGGUGGAGACGCCUGCGCCUGCUGCCGGUCCAGUGCCUGCCACACCAGCGGCUGGUCUUAUGGUAGGCUCAAUUAGCGGCGAUGAGCGUGCACGUUUGGAGGCCGAGCGUGAACGUCUCUACCAGCAGCUAGAUGAAAAGGAUGAGGAGAUUAACCAGCAGAGCCAAUAUGUUGAGAAUCUGAAAGAUCAGAUUUUGGAGCAAGAGGAGCUCAUUGCUAAUGCGCGUCGCGAAUAUGAGGCGUUGCAAUCGGAGAUGGCACGUAUUCAGCAGGAGAACGAAUCGGCUAAGGAAGAGGUGAAAGAAGUGCUGCAAGCUCUUGAGGAAUUGGCUGUCAACUACGAUCAAAAGUCGCAGGAAAUCGACACCAAGAACAAGGACAUCGAUUCUCUUAACGAGGAAUUGCAACAAAAGCAGACGCUACUCAGCACCACAACGUCAGAGCUGCAGCAAUUGAAGGAUAUGUCAUCGCAUCAGAAGAAACGCAUCAAUGAGAUGUUGAGCAAUCUUUUGCGUGAUCUUGCCGAAGUCGGUCAAGCGUUGGCUACUGGCGACUCUGGUGUUGAUAUGAAAAUGAAUACUGUCACCGGUGCUAGCGAUUCGACCAAAGUAGAGGAAGACUUUACGAUGGCGCGUCUUUACAUCAGUAAAAUGAAGACGGAGGCCAAGAAUAUGGCACAACGUUGUAGUAACAUGGAAACGCAACAAGUUGACUCGAACAAGAAAUUAUCCGAGUACGAAAAGGACUUGGGCGAAUACCGUCUAUUGAUCUCGCAACAUGAGGCACGCAUGAAGUCGCUACAGGAGUCGAUGCGCGAGGCUGAGAAUAAGAAACGCGCGCUAGAGGAGCAAAUCGAUUCGUUGCGCGAGGAAUGCGCCAAAUUGAAGGCAGCCGAGCAUGUGUCCGCUGUUAACGCCGAAGAGAAACAGAAAGCGGAGGAAUUGCGUUCUAUGUUCGACUCGCAAAUGGAUGAGCUGCGUGAAGCGCACACCAAACAAGUAUCCGAAUUGCGUGACGAGAUACUGGCCAAGCAGCAUGAGAUGAACGAGAUGAAGGAUGUGCACCAGAAAUUGAUUUUGGCACAUCAACAGAUGACGGUCGACUAUGAGAAGUUGAAGCAAGAAGAAGCGGACAAGUCCAACAAGCUACAAGACAUCAUCCUGACCAACGAGCGGCGCGAGCAGGCACGCAAAGACUUGAAAGGUCUCGAAGAUACCGUGGCAAAGGAAUUACAAACCCUACAUAACCUCAGAAAACUCUUCGUACAAGAUUUACAGGCACGCAUCAAGAAGACCGUAAUCAACGAAGACAACGAAGAGGAUGGCUGCUCAUUGGCGCAAAAACAGAAAAUCUCCUUCCUCGAAAAUAAUCUGGAUCAACUGACAAAGGUGCAUAAGCAAUUGGUGCGCGACAAUGCCGAUCUGCGUUGUGAACUGCCCAAACUGGAGAAACGUCUGCGCACCACAAUGGAACGUGUCAAGGCGUUAGAAUCGGCGCUCAAGGAGGCCAAAGAAGGUGCGAUGCGCGAUCGUAAGCGCUACCAAUACGAAGUGGAUCGCAUUAAGGAAGCGGUGCGGCAGAAGCAUCUCGGACGUCGCGGCCCACAGGCACAAAUCGCCAAACCUAUACGCGCCGGACAGGGCAACAUUUCCAUACGCGGCGGUGGUGGUGGCAGUGUUAUAGGCGGACAAAUGCCACAAGCAAGUGCUGUUAACUCGUAAGGCGUGCAAUGUACCACAUUGAAUGCUACUAUUUUUUAAUAUAAUACGUAUGCUUUUACAAACAAACAAACAAAAAAA